AUGCGCUCGGUCUCGUGUUGCACCAUCUUGAGAAAACAGAAAUCGCUUCCUACUGAUUCACUAAGUCCAAGCCCUUUUUGUGGAAGCACAGAAAGAAGAAGAAAAAAGAAGGAGGAAGAAAAGGAGGAAGAGGAAGAUGGAGCUGCAGAAAAUAAUAAUAGGGGUGAUGAUAGGGAUUAUGGCGAUUUUCAACAAAUCUAUUUGAAUUACAUCAUUUGUGAGGAAAAUAACCCAAAUUUUUUGCAUACAGUCCCCGAAAAAGUUUACUUUGCAGAUAAGUUUUCUACUUUAUUUCAAUUAGUCAAUCAAGAAAGAUAA